CUUUCGACCGGUACUGAAAGAAGUGAAUUCGGAAAGAGAUUCACAUGAAACUGAUGCGUCAAGUGUGAUGCCAAAAUCAGUAGAAAUGAGAGGUGAGAUAAAUAAAUCUAAUAGUGAGAAAUCAGAUGUAUGUAGUAGAAAUAAAUCUGAUAAUGAGAAAUCAGAUGUAUGUAAAAGAAAUAAAUCUGAUAGUGACAAAUCAGAUCUAUGUAAAAGAAAUAAAUCUGAUAGUGAGAAAUCAGAUAUGGUAAGGUCGAGAGAGAAAAUAAUAGUAGAUUCCAUAAAAAGUAAAAUUAUACCUGAAACAGAUAUAGCUGUAGAACCGAAAUCUAAGGAUAUUAAAGAGGGGAAAUCUAAGGAUAGUAUAGGACCCAUAAGGAGUUGUAGGAUUAAACAAAGAUCUCCUAUCUCGUAUGAUGAAAUGGAGAUUGACAAUGAUUAUCUGUUGACUACACAAUCUAUAGUUUAUUCAAUUCCCAUGUAAUUUGAAGAAAUUAAGACGAGAAAUGAUAAAGAAAAAUGGGAACAAGCUAUUGCAGAUGAAAUAAAUUUACUUAAUAUGAACAAAACUUGGAAUUUGGUAUCGAAGCCAAAAGAUAAGAACAUUGUCGAUUGCAAGUGGGUAUUUGCAGUUAAAAAUGAUGAAUUUGGGAAUCCAAUUAAAUACAAGGCUAGACUUGUUGCUCGAGGUUUUAGUCAAAAAUAUUUGAUAGAUUAUAAUGAAACUUUUGCACCAGUUGCUAGGAUUUCAAGUUUUCGAUUCCUCAUUGCUUUUGAAAAUCAUCAUGGUUUAUUAGUUCAUCAUAUGGAUGUGAAAACCGCAUUUUUGAACGGUGUGUUAAAAGARGAAAUUUACAUGAGGGUUCCUGAAGGCGUAAAAAGCAAUAGUAAUCAAGUAUGCAAAUUGAAUAAAGCUUUAUAUGGUCUAAAACAAUCUGCUAGAUGUUGGUUCGAGAUGUUUGAUAAAGCCCUUGUAGAAAAAGGAUUCCGAAAUUCGCCAGUAGAUCGUUGCGUUUAUAUUUUGGAUAAAAAGAAUAUGUUGGAGAAUAUAUAUGUGGUACUAUAUGUGGAUGAUCUUGUGAUUGUAACUGCUGGGAUAGAGAAAAUGGGAGCUUUUAAGAGUUAUCUAAUGAAUAAAUUUUGCAUGACAGACUUAAAUGAAAUUAAAUUAUUUUUAGGAAUUAAAGUAGAGAGAAUCAAAGAAAAAAUAACAUUAGAUCAGAGUUCAUAUAUCAAAACUAUUCUUCAAAGGUUUAACAUGCAAGAUUGCAAGCCCGUUAGUACACCCCUUCCUACUGUAUUAGAUCAUUUAGCUUUGAAUUCGGAUGAAAAAUAUGAUGCACCCUGUCGAAAUUUAAUUGGAUGUUUGAUGUACAUAAUGGUUUGUACAAGACCCGAUUUGAGUAUUDCUGUGAAUACCCUGAGUCGGUACUCAAAUAAAAGUAACAAAGAACUUUGGAAAAACCUUAAAAGAGUUCUCAGAUAUCUUAAAGGAUCAGCUGAUAUUAAAUUAACUUACACUAGAACUGACUAUAAGAACAUAUUGAGUGGUUAUGUCGAUUCUGAUUGGGGAGGUAGUGAACAAACGGAUCGGAGAAGUACAACUGGAUAUUUAUUUAAGGGGACGUUCCACCUGAAGCACCCAAA